AUGCCGCCGGCCGGCGACGAGGACCGCGCGCGCCGCCGCCGCCGCCGCCGCCGCCGCGGGGACCUUCUGCUGAGCCAGCUCUGCUUCCUAGCCUCGGUGGCGCUGCUGCUCUGGUCGCUGUCGAGCCUGCGAGAGCAGAAGGAGCUUGACCUCAUGGACCUCAUCGGGGAAGACAGAAAGUGGAUGGUGGGGAGGAAGCUAAUGCAGGUGAACGACACUCUCACUUUCGAAGAUGCAGGACUCCGGAGCAGCAAGAACUGCACUGAGCCAGCCCUGCAUGAAUUCCCCAAUGACAUCUUCACCAAUGAGGACAGAAGACAGGGAGCUGUGGUCCUGCACGUGCUCUGUGCCAUGUACAUGUUCUACGCGCUGGCCAUCGUGUGUGACGACUUCUUCGUCCCCUCCUUGGAAAAGAUCUGUGAGCGUCUGCACCUCAGUGAAGAUGUGGCUGGGGCGACAUUCAUGGCGGCAGGCAGCUCGGCCCCAGAACUCUUCACGUCGGUCAUAGGGGUCUUCAUCACCAAGGGAGACGUGGGCGUUGGCACCAUCGUGGGCUCCGCCGUGUUCAAUAUCCUGUGCAUCAUUGGGGUCUGUGGGCUCUUCGCGGGGCAGGUCGUGGCUCUUUCCUCCUGGUGCCUGCUGAGAGAUUCCAUCUACUACACGCUGUCUGUGGUCGCACUCAUCGUGUUCAUUUAUGAUGAAAAAGUUUCCUGGUGGGAGUCUUUAGUGCUUGUGCUGAUGUAUGUCAUCUACAUUGUCAUCAUGAAGUACAACGCUUGCAUACAUCAGUGCUUCGAGAGGAGGACCAAAGGUGCUGAGAACAUGGCCAACGGCCUGGCCAACAACGCCGAGAUUGACGACAGCAGCAACUGUGACGCCACCGUGGUGCUACUUAAGAAAGCCAAUUUCCACCGCAAAGCAUCAGUGAUCAUGGUGGACGAGCUGCUGUCAGCCUACCCACACCAGCUUUCUUUCUCCGAGGCCGGCCUGCGAAUCAUGAUCACAAGCCACUUCCCUCCCAAGACCCGGCUCUCCAUGGCCAGCCGCAUGCUCAUCAAUGAGAGACAAAGACUGAUCAACAGCAGGGCCUAUGCCAAUGGGGAAUCCGAGGUGGCCAUCAAAAUCCCCAUCAAGCACACCGUGGAGAACGGGACAGGGCCCAGCAGUGGCCCAGACCGGAGCGUGGAUGGGCCUCGGAGGGACGAUGUGGUUGCUGAGGCUGGCAGUGAGACAGAAAAUGAGAAUGAGGACAGUGAGAACAACGGCAAUGACGAGGAGGACGAGGAGGACGAAGAGGAUGAGGAGGGACCAUACACGCCCUUCGACCCCCCCUCUGGCAAACUGGAAACAGUGAAAUGGGCGUUCACCUGGCCUCUGAGUUUCAUCUUGUACUUCACCGUCCCCAACUGCAACAAGCCCCGCUGGGAGAAGUGGUUCAUGGUGACGUUCGCGUCCUCCACGCUGUGGAUCGCAGCCUUCUCCUACAUGAUGGUGUGGAUGGUCACGAUCAUCGGCUACACCCUGGGCAUACCGGACGUGAUCAUGGGAAUUACCUUCCUGGCCGCCGGAACCAGCGUGCCCGACUGCAUGGCCAGCCUCAUCGUGGCCAGACAAGGCAUGGGCGACAUGGCUGUGUCCAACUCUAUCGGCAGUAACGUGUUUGACAUCCUGAUCGGCCUGGGGCUCCCCUGGGCUCUGCAGACCCUGGCUGUGGAUUACGGAUCCUACAUUCGACUGAACAGCAGGGGGCUAAUCUACUCCGUGGGCCUGCUCCUGGCCUCUGUCUUUGUCACGGUGUUCGGCGUCCACCUGAACAGGUGGCAGCUGGACAAGAAGCUGGGCUGCGGGUGCCUCUUCCUGUACGGCGUGUUCCUGUGCUUCUCCAUCAUGACGGAAUUCAAUGUCUUCACCUUUGUGAACUUGCCCAUGUGUGGCGACCACUGACCGCUGGGCCACCCACAGAGGCUGUUCCUCCUUUUCCGUGCAAUACGAGACCCGGCCACACCCCGAGUCACACAGGCCCCACAGGGCCGUGGCGUCCGUCUCCCGAGCUGUCCACAGGUCUCGGCUCUUGUCCGGGUGACCCAGACCCUCCCAGCCCCCUCCUGGGCUCCCCUUGUCUCCCUGGGUCCUGCCUCCCACCCUCUGGCCCGCCCACCCCUUCCUGCCUCCUCCCUGUGAAGACAUCCAACACCCACGUGAGUUUUCCAGCUCCGUUUCUGAACCGGGACUGAGAUUCUAGAAAAAAACAAAAAAAACCACAGAACUGGCUGCUAACUGGCCCGAGCCAGGCACAACUUCUUAACGAUCCCUCCUCCUUUUUUUUUUUAAGUUAUUUGCCGGAAGACGAACCUAAUUUAUGAGCCGAGACUGUUGAAGAAGUGGAGGAGGGGGGCUGUUGGUGCGCUGGUGAUGGGGAAUGCUUGGGAUCGCAUUCUGGGUAGAUUGCGGGGUUACUGGCUGUGGGGGUCGUGUUGGGAGGGGGGAGAGGGGGGGGCCCCCCCACCCCGACUUCCUUUGCUUCCUGCCAUCAAGAGCUCCUCUCUGGCUUCUUUCACUGGGCUCUGAUGACUCAGUGACCUGAGGUUGCCCUGCAGGGCAGCCUGCUGGGAUUGAGCCCUGGGCACGUUUGGUGAACGCUUAGUGGAGGACCGGGCUGAGUGAGACCACAGGGAACAAAGGCGUGACCCUUUCUGCCCAUGUCCCCCCACGGGGCCUUUCCCUAGAGAAGAACAAUGCAAGGUGCCGGCAGAAGGAAGAAGACGGCUUCCACCUGUCCACUCUCGCCAUCUCUCUCUCACUAGGUUCUCUCUAGUUUCUCAAGCAAUAGUUCUAGCCUGCCUGAGGCCUCUGACAAGCUCCAGCCGUCCACCCGCGAGGUGCCAGGCAGCCAACGACAGAAGCUUCCCCAACGUGUGUUGUCCCUGAGAUGUGCUCUUGUUGCUUGGUGUUGGGGGGACAGGGAGCAGGCCCCCAGGCCUGCCCCGCCUUCCGGGCCGGAGUUUCAGACACUGGUUUCUUGGAAAAUGGAGAGAAGCGAAUUUUUGCACAGCUGUUGUCAACAAGUCCCAAUUUGCCACUUGGUAUCGAGUACACUGGACCCUGACUGCUGGCUCUUGGGAAAACGUCCUUUCUACUCGGGCCCUGCGGCCACGCUGGCCUGGCCCCGCCCUCCCUUCCUGGAGGGAUGGCCAGGGAAGGAGCAACCAGAACUGACACCUUUGGAACCACAGAAUGUGUUCAGCGCAGACUUCCUGGAGGGCAUAAGUUAUUGUAAACGUUUAUAUUUUGUUUUUUGGAUUUUUUUUUUUUUUUUUUGCCAACCACUGUUCAACAGCCCUGCUAGAUUUUGUAUGAUGCUGAAUUAUUAUGUAGAUUAAUUCCACCCACUUGAGACACACCCAUGCUUGGUACACUUGUAUUUAUUGAGAACUGUGGAUUCUUGCCCCGUGAUGCCCCUUGCAUUUACGUUAAGCACUGAUCACUUAUCAUUCAUGAGGUAUGGUUCCCCCCUCCUCCCCGUCCCUUGUACACAUUCUGGUAUGAAUUGUAAAAAAUAACCUGCUCCACAUGGGUCGGAUGUUUCUGUCUGGGAUGCGAAACCGAGGCCGGCAUUUUAGCCGAGGGGGCACCUGCUCGGCCGAGGAACAGGAGAGAAAUCACCGAUUUGGGCUCUCAGAGCUAAGACACACUUACUGAUUCUGUUGCACAUUUUGCACUGGUUUAUGGCGAUUGUUUUCUCGGACGGAUAGUGUAAAAUAAACUUCUCUGUUCUGUAUCCUUCCUGGAGCAGAGUGGGUUCCUCUCUCCAUUGGAAAUGUCCACUGGAUGUGGGGAGAAGGCAAGGAAGGGCGCAUGAUGGCAGCCACCCUGUGGCCGGAUGUUUGGGCUCUGGUGUUCUCGGUUGCCGGGGUGGGGGGAGGGGGUUGGAACGGCUAGUCUCCAGCUGGCAGAUUGCCAGGAUGAAGUGGCCAGUCCUGGCUCCCUCGAAAUCCUGAAAGACCUUAACCCUGUCAUCUGGUUGUUGUAGGGUGGUUGGCUGGUUUGUUUUCCCACUGAAUUUGUGGAAAUGUUACAGGUCUUUUGGAUGGCGACUCUUUUCCUCUGCAAAGUUCUUGGUCUCGCGGACUUGAAGAAUGAGGCACAGGAGCAAUGGAAGGGGAGCAGGAAGGGAAGUGUAUUCAGCCCUGGACAAAGCAGAAGUACAAGGCAAAGUUCCCAGCAGCGCUAAGAGGGGUCCCAGAGGGGUGGCUGGAGAGGAGAUGGUGUCUAGGGGGAGUUGUAUACUUUUUAACUGGGGACCGUUCCCUGGUUGGUCAGGGGAGAGCCAAAUAAGGCAUUGAAAAGUGACUGGUUUUUAUUGGUUCCUGACAGAUGUAAAUAAGGGAUUGAGAAGUGGCUGUUUUGAUUGCUGAUUUGGCUACAAGUUAAGUCACCAAUCACAGAAGUCAGUUGUUUGACUUCUCCAGACAGUGGGGCGAGCACCCCCACCCACUUCCCUGUCCGUCUGUCUGCCUUGCCAGGAAUCUGCCCGCAUCAUAGAAUUUUAGAGGGCUACCGGUCCCAGACAUUGUACCAGGAGCUCGUUCCUGGGGUGGACGUGAGAGGAAAAGGGUGGCAGUGCAGAUGGCGACACUCACGCAGUAACCAGGUCUCCAUCUUGUCGCAUCAGGAAAACCGAGACCGCCUGUAGAGUAGCAACGUACAUGCGAUGGACCAGGCCAUGCCUCAGAGUGGGUUUUGCAGAUGUUUGGUUUCAGAACACAGGGCAGAGUCCUAAACUCCACCAAAGAUGUUAUAUGGUUUACUGUCGUUCCAGGGGCGUUUAUAUCCUGAAUAAAGUGCACUCCAAAAGCUGGACUUGAGUGAUGUCACAUCAUCUGAUUUUCUGGGACAACUGAUUCCAGAAAACUGUACUCGGAACGUGGGAACAAUUGUGCUGAGGCAGCUCAGACUCCUCCCCCCAACUUGUGAGGCAUGCCCACAGGUGGUUGCUAAAAACAGAUUCAUGGUGUGUGAAACUGUUUUCAGCAUACACUAGAAUUUGUGAAUUCCUGCAACCAAAAGAAAGAAAUGCAGGUGCCACAUCUCUCUUUUUAAGGUGAGGGAAUGGGGCCAGCACUGUGGCACAUUGGGUUAAAGCCCUGGCCUGAAGCACUGGCAUCUCAUAUGGGUGCCAGCUCUCUGCUAUGGCCUGGGAAAGCAGUAGAAGAUGGCCCAAGUCCUUGGGCCCCUGCACCCAUGUGGGAGACCCAGAAGAAGCUCCUGGCUCCUGGCUUCAGAUCGGCGCAGCUCUGGCCAUUGCGGGCAAUUGGGGAGUGAACCAGCAGAUGGAAGACCUCUCUCUCUCUCCCCUCUCUAUUGUUGAGUUUUUUUUUAAAGAUUUGAUUUAUUUAUUUGUUUGAAAGUCAGAGCAACAGAAGAGAGACAUAUUUUUUAAUGUACUUAAUUCUGGGCAUCAUCUGUAAAAAAAAUAAAA